AUGAAAUUCUGCAAGAAAUACCAGGAAUACAUGCAGGGCCAGGAGGAGCUUCCUCGGGUAGGUCUCAAGCGGCUCAAGAAGAUACUAAAGAGAUGCCAAGCAGAGCUCCGAUCCCGGAACGACGGCCUCCGGCGGCAGGAGCAGUCGACUCAGGUGGGAGAUGAGGCCGCGGAAGGGGCCGAGCUCAGGGGAAGCUGCAGCAGUGGAUGCCCGAACCAUUGCCCAGGUAUAUCUUAAUCAAUCUUACUCAUCUCUCUCUCUCUCUCUUUUUCAUACUGGGGAGGAUCCCAAUGUCGCUUGUCUUGUCAGUUCUUGAUUUUCAUCAGGAAUCCGUGCCUUCUGGGUCGUUCAAAGUUUCUGUUUUUGAUAGAAUUAAUCGAUUAUUUUCUAUUUCGAGUAACAAUAACCCGAUCACCCGCAUUCUCAAUUUCUUCUUCUGUUCAAUAAAAACCUCUGGAUCUAUCCCCAAUCUAACAAUUCACUGCACCUGGAGAUCAUCAGGCUUCUUGGGUGAUCCCGAGUACCUUAAAGAUGUCUUCUUGAUGGGAUUUUUUUUCUAUGAUCUCUGGUCACAGUGUGCGACGGGACCUUCUUCCCUGCGCUCCUGGAUGAGAUGUCGACGAUCACAGGCUGCUUCAACGAGCGGGCCAGGCGGCUGCUCGAGCUGCAUCUGGCCUCGGGCGUUCAGAAGUACUUCAACCUGCUUAAGCGCCGCAUGCAUCUCAGUCACCAUGGGAAUUUGAUGCAGGAAGGGAAAGAUCUGGUCACCUAUGCCAUCAUAAACUCCAUCGCCAUGAGAAAAAUCCUGAAGAAAUACGACAAGGUGGGUUUUACCCGAAUUAGUUCUAUAUAUGUAUAUAGAACUAAUUUCAAUGUAAAUUAGUGAAUUAAGAAAUAUGAUUAUAUUAUCUCUGAUGAAUUUCUUGUGCGUGUUGAAGAUCCAUUACUCGAAGCAAGGCCAGGAGUUUAAGUCGCGGGCUCAGGUUAUGCACAUUGAGAUACUCCAAUCGCCAUGGCUGUGUGAGCUGAUGGCGUUCUACAUAAAUCAGAGGGAGUGCAAGAGCAAGAAGAAGACGGGCACGGAGCUCUUCGAGGAUUGCUAUUUGUCAUUUGACGCUGGGAAGCCCUCGCUCUUCUGCGGGCUGUUUGACUCCUUGAAGCUCGAAAUCGACCUCACAUGCUCCAUCUGCCUGGUGAGCGAGUUCCGAAUUGGGAUUCAACUAAAAGCUUUUUAUUUUAUCAUUUGAAAUUGGGAUCUCUCCUGAUAUUCAUAUAUUUUUUUCAAAAUAGAAAAACUUGAAGGAAUAACUCGUAUUCAUUUGGUGCUAAUUAUUGGAAAUUAAAAUAAUAACCAUUUUUUUUAAAAAAAUCUAAGUUACCCAAACCCCAACUCGUAUUCAUUUUCUAGGAAAAUACUUAAACUAUGAGGAACAAUGAUCCUCGGAAAAAAAAAAAGCUAGCUACCCAGAACCCACCUUGUUAUUUUAAGUUUCAAAUAAGUGGGAAAUAUGAUUCCUCGAAGGCUGAAAUUGACCCAACUUGUACUAUUUUGGUUUAAUUGAUUCUACAUUUUUAUUUUAAAUUAUAAAUUCUAAAAUAUCCACAUACUGAUAUUAUGUGUGUGUGUUUGUGUCCUGGUUACCCAGAACCCAACUCAUUCUUUGAAGUUUUAACCAUGGUUAUUCUCUUACUAGGCUUGAAAAUAUCUAAAAGACCUUGAUUACGGUUCUCUCUUUUUGAUUCGGAUGGGUUUUUUAUACGAGAGAUAAUAAUUGAAUUUUGUUGAUAUUUCCAGGACACGGUGUUCGACCCAGUUUCUCUCUCCUGCGGCCAUAUCUUCUGUCACAUGUGCAGCUGCUCAGCAGCAUCUGUGAGCAUUGUGGAUGGGCUGAAGACUGCAAGUUCCAAAGCCAAGUGCCCUCUGUGUCGGCAGGUGAUCAUCAUUCCUGCUUGACAAUACUUGACUCAUGUAUCUUCCUAUAGUGUUCUAACAUGAAAUAUUUAACACAUUUAUACCAAAAAAAAAUUAAUGUUCAUAAUUACAUAUUUUUUGAAAAAAUGACAAAUAAGGGAAUUGAACUCGGUCUCUUCUUUGAAAAUUUCUCUUUCCUCCAUAUUUUCUGACGAGCCCUUUUUUGUUAAGUAGGUUGAACAGAAUAUAUAAAUUAAUUUUUAUUUUUAAAUGGGUUUAAACCGGAUAAAAGAAUAUCAAAGGGAUCCACCCAAGUAUGUUUGAUAACUGAUGCAUCGACUUACUAUAUCCGUGGGUAUAUACCUUCAUUAAACUAGAUUAUAUUUUGGUUUAUUUUCCCUCGGGACAUCAGAUCUGAAUAUUAAAAAAAAAUGAAUGGGAUCGGAUUGUGGGUCAAAACAUAGAUCCUAUUGAAUCCAAAAAUUUACUAUAAUAAUGAGAGAUUAAAUGAAACAAGAAAUUCGUAUCCCUUGAAUUCUGUAUUAUGUCAAUGAUGCAUGACGAAGACAUCCUGUUUCUUGAUCAGGCCGGAGUGUAUGAUGGUGCAGUGCACUUGGAGGAGCUGAACAUCCUGUUGAAGAGGAGGUACGGUUGGUUGACUUUCCCCCUCCCCCACCCCAUGAACAACUGAUGCAGUGGCUUCGCAUGUGGAAUCCUUCCCUUACACCGAUUGUCAUGGCGUGCAGCUGCUCCGAGUACUGGGAGGAGCGGACUCAGAGCGAGCGGGCUGAGCGAGUGCGGCAGGCGAAGGAACACUGGGAGUCUCUGUGCCGGGCGUUCACCGGCAUCUGA